AUGCCCCGCCCGUACGCCUGGAACCUGCUCUGCAGCGGUGUUUCGGCCGUAGACGCCGCUCUCCUUCUCCAAGGAAUGAAAACGCGGAAGACUGUCAAGAGCCAGCUAAUGUCGUGCGCGGCUUGCAGCAGCGGCACUCCGCACUCUAUGCGCUACAAGGUGCUGCGCUGCGCCUGCAAGCACUGCACGGUCGCAGUUCCCUACCUGGUCUGCCCGUGGCUGCUGAAGCUGCACGUCUGCCAGGAGACCGACGUCGUCGACAUGCACCAGCUGGGCGAGCACCAUUUACGCGCUCGAACGCCGUCCAAGUCGUGCAUCACGCCGCAGCAGCGCGACUUCAUCAAGGAGAUGGCCCGUGAAAACCUGAUGCCGCUACGCAUCCGACACGCUUUGGGACGCAAGUUUGGUUUCCGUCCUGCCGCGCUACCCAGCCUGCGCUCAGUCCAAAACAUUGUGCACCACUUUCGUCGAACGCGGUUGGGCGGCAACGACAAACGUAAGGUGAUUGUGGAGGCGGUGCGGGCCUCCGCAUUUAGUGGACGUGAAGGCGACCACGACGCCUUUACGUUCACUAAUGCGUACCAUAUCUCUGGUCUCCCCGAGUUUGGAAACGGCUCAGAUGAUCGGCCGUUCUUGGUCGGCAUGACCACCAAGGCACUCCUGCGCAACGCCGCGCGGGACGCGAGCAAAUUUAUUCUGCACCUCGACGCUACGUUCAAACUGAACAGCGUCGGUUACCCGGUGCUUGUCUGCGGCAUCACCGACGCCACCAGAGCCUUCCACCUGGUGGCGCUCUUCAUCACGUCGCAGCUCCAGUACGAGCACUUUGAAGCCGCGCUCGUUGCGUUGCGCCGCGUGUAUGCUCGGGUCAACGGCGCCGAGUGGCAGGUGAAAUUCGUUCUUGGAGACGCAGACAAGGCACAACACAAAGCCUUCCGCAGUGUCUUCGCCGACUGCUCAUUUACGUACCUCAUGUGCUUCUACCACAGCAAGAGCGAGUACGUGGACCAGAAGGCGACCAUACUUAAGGAGUGGGCUGGGCACGCAGACCUCGCCGCCUUCGCCACGUACAUGAAGUCCCAGUGGCUCGACGGCAACUUCGCGAACUGGCAGUGCUUUCUUACCCCGCCUGGGUACGCCACCACCAACAACCCGGUUGAGCAGUUCAACCGGGCGCUGAAGCGUGACUACACGCAUCACCGCCAGCUGAAAAUGGGAUUGCUGCUUGCGCAGCUACUCGCAUGUUGCGGCCACCGCUCCAUGGCGUUGCCUCGAUUCGCGCUCGCGCCUGCCUGCGCAACGACGCUCCAGACCCGCACACAUCCAGCAUCGACUUUUUCCUUGGUGACGCCGACCCAGAACUGGUACACGUGCGUGCACUGCCUUCCCGUGAGAACGUUCGUCCCGGAGCACAACCGUGCGAGAGAGGACAUGGCGAUUUCCGCCCAGUUCGGCGUCCACUACGCGCGCAUGAAGGUCGAGGGCCAGCCUCGCACUGGCUGGCCGCAGUCCCGCAGCGUUGUGGACGAGUCUGGCGAGGAAAUCCUUGUAAACAGGAAGCGAGUUCAAAACGCUGGGCGCCCGCAAAGUAUUGGCCACGCGCUUCAGCGUCUGUAG